UUUCCUUAAAAAUAUUUUACAAUGUCAAGAUCAGGCUCUGACUCAGAUCUCGCAACAUCUCUUUUGGGAACUUAUAUGCUUCAAGGAUGGGUAAUGACAGAUGAAUUGUGUCAACAAUCAGGCUGUUCUGUACCAAUGAUGCGUUCAAAGGAUGGUUUGAUUAAGUUUUGUGUUUCUCACGAUUCGUUGCCAACAUCUUCCUCUGGUCAACGCAAGCCUGCUACACCUAUAUCAUCUGCUCCUCCUGCUAACACUACUCCUACUCCUCCUGCUGCUUCUACUUCUGCUGCUACUACUGUGAAACCUGCACCCAAGGCCUCGGCCCCAGUUUCGGAUUCCCGUACCGAGGAUGUGAGCAAAAUAUUGGAGGGUUGUGUUGAUAGCGAAGUUGACACUGAAGAUGAUGAAUGGACCAAGGUUAAGAGUAUGGAUAAGAUGCGUGAGCAAAGUGAGCGAAGAGAGCAGUCUUCCAAGGCAUCUCAGUUGAUUGGACAGAAACUCUUGCAGCGUUGGACUUUGUUGAACGACAUUUGCCCCAAUAGUGAUUGUUAUGCUGUUCCGUUGAUGAGAAAUCCGGUUAACAAACACAUGGUGUGUGUUAUCUGUAAUCAAACUUAUAUUACGGAACAGGAUGCUUCGGCCAUGAACUUCACAAAAAACGACAAGCCAGUGCCUGAACGUAAACCUGAGCCUGAACCUGAACUUGAGUCUGAACCUGACCUCGAGUCUGAACAUGAGAUGGUUUUGUCUGAGCUUAGUGAAACUCGUAGUUUCUGCUUUGAAGAUGCUGUCGAGGAAGCAAUUGAAGACAGACCAAGAAAUGUAUCCACUCAAAACUCACGUCCCGUAACCAAGGCCCCUUCACCAAAACUUGGUCCUUCUAGCACUGCUCCUACUGCUACUACCAAUAUUUCAUUCAUCUCAAAACGUGCUGGGUUUGAAACAGAAUACUUUGGUCAACAGGGCAUUGUUAAGAUGCUUUCUUUAAAGCUUAGCAAGAUGACAAACGAAGUUAUGGAGUGUGAUGAUCCUACUCAAGCUGCAAGUAUGUUUAGUGCUAUUGAAACCUGCGCAAAGGCUAUCGAAGCAUGCGUUCAAGCUGGAGAGGCGUGCUCUGAUGCCUCCAAAAAACGAUACUAAAAACAACCUCGAUCGAAAUCCAAAUGCACUGUAUAUCUUUCUUUUUUUUCUUCUUUACUUUUAUUUCAAUCUUUCUUUUCAUUUCAUUCAAUGCAUAUCGAGAGGAUUCCCUUCCUCUGAGUCUAUUUUUUUUUUCUAAAAAAAUAAAAUAAUAAAACGCAUAAAAAUAAGUGUUUGUGU